GCCCUCUCUGCCAACUCAGACCUGGUCCCCAGCGUCCGCUGGAACAAGACCAAGUCCAUGCACAGGCUCCUCAGCGCGAUUCGUGAAGGAUCCUUUUCCAAUCCUCAGGCAGCAUCGCAAAUCACCCCGUCGCUGGAGUGUCGGACCUACCUGGAUGUGAGGAAGCUGAACUGCACGGCAGACCGCAGUAACCUGACAUUCCCGGUGACCACUACAUCCCCACCUCCCACCACCCAGGCUGUCCCCAUCACGGUGGAGUACAACAUUGUGGACGGACUGACCCAUUCCUUCAACGACGCCGUGAAUGUUUCCGUGCCGGUGGGGAGUCCCCUGAUCCGGGUUCUGGAGAAGGCCCGGGAUCUGUAUCCCGCUCGAUUCAGCUUUAAUGUCACAAGCACACUGUGGGGACCACUCCUGACCACCGUUCGGAACCUAACAGCUUCCACCGAAAACAGAACCUAUUGGCAGCUCCUGAGCGGCACUCAACCAUUGGAUCAAGGUAUUGGCGAUUACAAGCCCAAAGACGGGGAGCGCAUCGUUGCAAACUACAGCCAGUACUGAUCAGGAACUGGGAGAGAUUCGGGCUGGGAAAUCGAGAUUCAUCCUCCUGCACCAUCCCAGUAUGCCUCGGAGUUUUUCGGAAAUCACACCUAACUCCUGGAACAGAGCUCAGAUCUGAGAUGAACCUCAGUGUCUCUCAAAAUAACUGAAAAACACUGUCUUUCUCAACUCACCUUGUGAUUAAUGCCAAACCUGCACCAUACCUCCCUGUGGCCGAGAUGCUCCCUUGUCCCCACCCUCUCAAUUCUUCAGUUUAUGCAAACUUUUCUUACCCACAUCACAAAUGGACACAAGUCCUCACUCUUUGAUCACCCUCCACAGACUAUCACAGAUUUCUGGCCCAAUACAAUAUACACUGCAAUAUCAUCCUCACCACCGGGCAACGCCUCUGUGACGGAAAGCAAUAACCCCCUCCCGCCCCCACACCCCCCCCCGCCCCACACC